AUGAGCGCCGUUCUCCCACCCGAGAUCCUCCACGAUAUCCUCGACCGCAUCAACCCCAGCUGCCACUGGGGCUGGCACUGGGGCAGCUGGUUCUAUAUAAAAGAGAGGACGUUGAUUCUCGCUCGCGCAGAUAUAACUUGGUUUCUGAACUUACGACUCGUCAACAAACAAUUCGACGAUAUCGUGAUCGACCAUUUCCACACAGCAAUUAGAGCCGGGCUCAUCGAUCACGAGCUUCCCAUUUGCCAUGGGACGCCGACGCCCUCCACGAUGGCAAUGGCAAGACGAUUACUAUGUUCGCUUGUGGGGCGUAGUCGCGAAUUUCACGGGUUAGCGACGAGGAGUGUUUACCCGCUUGUCAACACGAUUAAUGCGGGGGUGGACGGGGUCGUUGAGUUUUUCUCGCAGAGGAGCGAUAUUGACCCCGAUGAGCUCCGGACGAGGUAUCUCAGCGGCAUGAUAUCCAUGUUUGUCGGCCUGGCGGGGACUAAUUUUAUCGAUCGUGUCCUAGCUCCGGCAGGGGCUGCAGGAGAAACUAUGGAUGAUGGCCUCGACUACGAAAGAGAGGGGUGGAGCGGUGCCGCAUUGAUGGCGGCUGCGUAUUUGGGCAGAAUCGACGAUAUGGAGGCGCUGCUUGCGUGGCGUAUAGAAAAUACACCUGACCCGGCCAAGUCACUCCAUCUGCCUCUUAUGACGGCCGCGUGCGGUGGACAGGCGGACAGCGUACGGUUUCUGAUCGACAGGGGCGUCAACAUAAAUACACGUACUGUCGGAAACGGGGAUACUGCGGUGCAUUUUGCUGCCUUGGGAGGGCAUGCAUCUCUUGUGAAGUAUCUUCUAGAGGCUGGAGCGGACGCCGACGUGGUGAAUAACGCUGGUGAUACGCCGCUUCUUUGGGCUGCUGGGGGAGGACACGCGGAUGUUGUGGUGGUGCUCUUGAGGACGGGAGAGGUGGACGUGAAUUUUCGGGACCGUUUGAAGAAAGCGCCGCUGAUCUGGGCCGCGACAAGAGGGUUUGACAAUGUGGUGAAGGAGUUGUUACUGAGAGAGGAAAUCAACGUCAAUAUUAUGGACGGGGUCAAGGAUCCUAAAUACCAUCCAGGAUCGGCAGGGGUUCCUGGGGGGACUGCAUUAGAAGUGGCUGCCAUGUUGGGCAGGGAAGACGUCUUCCAGAGACUUUUUCAUCAUCCAGAGGUCUACAUGGAGUCGUCCACUAUCUUUCCACACGCAAUGGCGGGCGGCAAGGCCAGCAUUGUGGGGACAAUUAUCGAGGCAUUUCCCAACACACUGGAAGACUUCGAGUCCGUCUACAAGCAGACGGCUUGGCUCCGUGCCGCCAAGCAUGGAACUGAAGAAGUGGUACGAUACCUGCUCUCUCUCAACAAGACCCCCAUCAAUUAUCAGGAUCACGAAGGUAUGUCUGCUUUAUACUUUGCCGUCAAUGGAGGGGAUCUCGGCACUGUCAGAGCUCUUCUACAGCAUCCUGAUAUAGACGUCAAUCUGAAAACGAGCAGAGAUUGCAACUAUAAAACACCGCUCCACUGCGCAGUUAGCACACAGCGCGUGGAUCUGGAGAUCAUGAAGGCUUUACUAUCUCGACCAGAUAUCAAUGUCAACCCUCGAGAUUUUUUUGGCAGGACUCCUCUCGCUUCAGCGGCUUACAACGGGCAGGCUGAACUGGUGAAGCUCCUCCUGCUGCGCCAUGAUGUGGAUUUAUUCCCGCUGGAUAUCUAUGGAGACACCCCGUUGCUUCUCGCCGCCCAAAAAGGAAAAAUUCACGUUGUGAAUAUGCUAUUGAAGGUACCAGGUACAGAUAUUUGGCACAGAAAUCAACGGAACAAUACAGUGCUGGCGUUGGCGGCGGAGUCGGGUCACACAGAGGUUGUGAGACGAUUGCUCGAUCCGGACCUCAAGGUAACACAGGACAUUAUAUGGGAUGCCAUGGAAAAGACGAAAGAGGCGUUGGUUGCUAUUCGGAGGGGGAGACUUUUUAUCGGUACUGAAAAGAUGAGGGAUGCGCAGUUAAUGAGGAUGGAGGAGGCGUACAAGCUGCUUUCGGCCGGUCUGGAUAGGAUGGGUUCAUGA